GCGCGGCCAGAGUGCGGAAGGCAUUUGUAUGGGAACGCUUGUGAGAGUGCAAUAUACAUGUAGUUGAAUUGAUUCUCGACUUUUAGCGUUUUUGUUAAGUCAUGAAUGUCUCCCUGUUCGUUUUUAAAACAUACUUAGUGUGCUUGAGUCUAUGGCCGCGUUCUACAUCUUCUGAGGGCAGAACUUUGAGCUCUUCACGUUGCCCUAAACAUCAAGGGACCGAUCCAAGUGAUGUGAACGGAAGAUUGAAGAAAUUUGCCCACGAAGACAUGUAUACCACACAAGAUCAGGAUUACAAAUAUAUCAUUAAUAUCUGUCAGAAAAACAGUGGAGACUCCAGAGCAGUUCAGCAACAGGGUUUUAAGUGGCCAGAUAGGAGUAAAUGGACUACAGUUGGACAAUAUGAUGGAGCUCAUGUUACUGGAGGAACUAACUGGCUGAUGAUAAGAUAUUUUCAUGGAGACAAGUACAUUCAUCACUGCUCUGGAGUAGAAAGAAUGGCUACUGUAUUGAUAACUUGUGAUCCUGGUGAACAAAGGGGUACAGUAAAAAUUGUUGAGGAAUACAGAAAUAGAUCCUCGUCAUACCACCCACUUGAGUGUUACUAUCUGUUUGUACUUAAUCAUGAUGCUGCAUGUUCAGUGGAGCCAAAGCAUCUGAGCCCAAGCAGCCCAAGCAGUAUUUGUCUGAUAAUACUGAUUGUCAUGGGUUCAGUUUAUUUCAUGCUUGGCUUCUUGUACCAAAGAUACGUUGUUGGUGCUAAAGGAUUGGAGCAAAUCCCUAACUGUUGUUACUGGACAAACUUUGGAAGUCUGCAAGCUGACGGAUGCAACUGCGUGUGUCCAUGUUCCGAGUCCCAUCCAACGACAAACAAGGCAUGGACGAUACAUCAGUAAAUGAUGACCAAGAUGACAAAUCGCUGCCAAUAUUAAUUGGCGAAACCAACAGACCAGGGAAGAAUUAUUGGAAAGGACUGUUAGAAACUCUAAAUUCUUACACUGGACAUCUGUACAUUUAGUCCCAUUACUAGUUACUAGGUUAGAGUGUUCUUAAAUUUAAAUUAGAUUUUGUUAUUGUAAAUAUAGAUAUUUGUUAAAUGUGGCAUAAAACAGUUUCCAUCACUUACAUUUUGAUGGGUUGUUUAUAACCACUCCUUAUCACUUGAUGCUACAAUCAUGGUAUCAAAAAAUUGCCCAAUCAUUAGUGAGCAUGUUGUUAUCAUUUUCGUGAUGCAAUAGGUUACCAUAGCAACAGUAUGACCCACUAAAACACCCUUAAUUACAGCUUUAUGGGCUUAUAAUUCAAAAACGGCACAAUGAAAUUUUUUUAUAUUAUCAAAUUUUAAUAAGCAUGAUAAGACGCAACUAUUGGCAAAGUGAAAAAAAUUUUGUACGGAAGGGUUCAGAGCCACUUCAAAACGUUAAGGUGACUCUCUUAAAGGUUUUUUGUCAGUGAUUUUUCAAACUAAAAAUGCAUAUUUUAUACAUGUAUUGAAUUUACACUGCCCUUGUAAACUGCAGUCAUCACUCCUGGGCUUCAAGGGCAGUUGUUUGGUAGAAUAAGGUUUGUUUUUCUCUGAGUUGUAUUGUUUUAUAAAUAAGUCAAUAAAAGAGAACACUCAGAUAUAUUAA